AUGAAUAUCUCAGGCAAUAAAGGUUAAUUUUGUGUCUCAAAACCCACUAGAUAAGACAUGGUGAAUUAUCAGCAAGUCAAGUUUAUUAAUUCGACAUUUUAAAAUAACAAAGGUCUCUAUGAAGGAAUGUUUAUUGUCUAAAGCUUUUCAAAUCUUACUAUUUCGGAUAGCAUAUUUGUUAAUAAUUAUGGACUUGGUAGAGGAUCUAUCAUUUUUACUGAGAAGAAUAACUCAAAAACUUUAAUAAUUAACUCUUAGUUUAUUGAUAACUACAGUUUCUAUGGAGGAGUUAUAUUUAUAUAAAACGAUGCAGAAGUCAAUGUUUAUGGAUCAAUAUUCAAAGGUUUGCCAAUGAUUUCCUUACAAUAGUAACGAAAUAAAAUAUUAGAUCUUUGCUUGAAUCAUUUAUUAGGAAUGAAAGUUAUUCAAUAGAUGUAAUUAAGGAGUAGUUUAAGUUUGGAGAAUUUUACUAUUUUCAACUCCUCGUCUCAAAGCCCAAUAAUGUACAUCUCCUCCGGUUCUGCAGUAGAAGUGAAAAUACUUUCUAUUUAAAACUUUAGUGGACCCUUGAUACUAGCAUAAUAAUCAAACAUCAAAAUGAAAGAAAUUAAUGUUAUUGAUGUUCAAAAUAAUGAAUUAUCGCCAUUUGUUCAAAUGAAUAUCAAUAACCUUUAUCUUAGUGAUAUAAACAUCAGUAAUUUUUCAAGUUAUUCUGGAUAGCCAAUCAUUAGAAUUUUUCAUAGUUAAGGAAAAAUUUAAAAUGCUUUUGUAUAAUCCUUUAACUCAAAUUUCCUCGAAGUAACUUCAAGAAGAUCCCAAUUAAUAAUAUAGAACUGUCAGUUUAUCAAGAAUCAAGCCUUUGAAGAUGGAGGUUCUAUAUAUCUCUUAAAUGCUGACUAUGCAAUUACCGAUUCGUAUUUUUCUAAAAAUAAAGCUAAGGACACAGGUGGAGCGCUAUAUAUGUCAUGCUCAACUCAAAAUGAUCAAAAAAAUAAAGCUGAAAUUAAGGGUGGAGCUAUAUAUUAUGAUCUAUACAGACCAAAGAAUAUAAAAGCAAACUUAUUUGACUCAAACUAAGCAUUUUAUGGACCUGAUUUUGCUUCUUAUCCUGGUAAAUCAAAAAUUCAAACAAGCAGAGGCUCAUGCAUUUUUAGCGGAUUAAGCAUCUUAGGUAAACCUAAUUACUAGUCCUAUAUAUUCAUUGAAAAUGGUGCAAUAGAUCAAUAAAAAAUCUAAAAAAUUAAUAUCCAAGAGGAAUAUGGUUAAAGUUUAAAUCAAACGAUAUAUUUUAGAGAAUGUAAAUUUGGCGAAGUAAAUCUAAAUCAAAAAUGCUAAUAAUGCUCCUAAGGUUAUUUUAGCCUUGAUAAAAAUGAUUAAGUUUGUAAAAAAUGUCCAAACAAUGCUGACUGCUUAGGUGGCGAUCAGAUCGUGAUAUUAAGUGACUACUGGAGAUCAUCAAAUUACAGUGAAAAUGUAUUUAAAUGCUUACAUACCUCAUCAUGCCUGUUAGCUCAAUAAACUUUUAAUACUUUAAUAGGGGAGGGACUAAUUCUCAAUGUGGAGAGGGGUAUUCAGGAAAAUUAUGCUCAGUCUGUGCUUCUUACCCCAAUGGAAAGCAUUUUGCUAGAGCUAGUGGGUACUCUUGCAGUGAAUGCUAGACUUUUGGCAUUUAAAUGGUCUUUAUCCUUGCGUUACUCUGUGUUGAAUAAUCCGAAGAGGAACAAACCUUAAACUGUAUUACUAAGAAUUUUAAUGAGUUAUUUCUAAGUCAUUAUGGUCUGCAAAGAUUUUGAGAUGGAAUGGCCUAGCUAAGUUGAAAUGAUGUUAGGCUACUUUUCAAUAUUUUCCUCAUCAUAGAAAAAUUUAUUCUCUAUUGAUUGUGCUCUUGAAUAGUAUGGAUUUGAAGGGAGUGAUGUAUUCAGAUCUAAAAUGCUUUUCUUCGGUGCUCUCCCAAUUAUACUUAGUCUUAUAUCUGCUAUUGUUUGGAUUAUAAUGAAACUAUCCUUUAGAAAAUAUUUUCGAUAAAUUAGACUAUCUGCUAAAAUUCAAUUAACUUGCUUUGCUAUAAUAUUGCUUUUGUAUCCAACUGUAAUUUCAGUCUGUUUCUAAAUUUUCCAAUGUUUUGAUUAUGAAGAUGGAAAUUCUUAUGUUUAAAGUUACAUGAAUAUAUAAUGCUGGGGUGAUUUUCACAAAUAGAUAUCACUAUUUAUUGGCUUUCCAUUUAUCUUUUUAUGGACAAUUUUAUUCCCACUAAUUGUCUUUUAUAAAUUAAAGCGAAUAAAGGGACAACUUGGCAACCCAGAUAAUCUCAAACUCUAUGGAAUUUUCUAUGUUGGUUUAAGUGAUAAUGCCUACUAUUGGGAGAUAAUAAUAGUUAAUAGCAAGAAGCUCUUGUUCAUAUUGACUUCUGUCUUUGUUCCAUCGAGCUCAUAAAUCCUCAAGGCUCUAACAUUAUAUGGUGGGUUGUUUUUUGUAAGCAAAGAUGUGUAGAAAAAUGAAGAUAUUCUGACGAUAUUAUUUAUAGUGAUUCUAUUAUAUAAUGCUUACUUUAUGAUACUCUGGAUAUUCCUCUUUCUUACUACUCUUUUGAGAGGAUUAGCAUAAUUCCUGAAUAAACUCAAUAUAAAAAUACUUAAAAUUCCUAAGAUUGAUGAUUACGAGAGCAAUUUAACUCAAUACUUAUCUGGAUCAAUGAAAGAGUCAGUAAAAAGAAAAACAUUUGAUAAAAAGGAGACAAUGGAUUUCGGAUCAGGCUUUAAUAAUCAGACUUCUUUGAGAGUCAUAUUUAAAUAAAUUGAUAGAGCAUCAUCUUUGAAUUAGAGCUAAAUAGCUGAGAGAUAAGAUUUUAUGAUACAAAAUAUACCUGAAGAGCUGAUAGAAACUAAAAGGAAAAGCAUAUCAAAGAAUAAAAAAGUGUUUAAAAAGAAAAGAGUGCUUUAAAAAGAGACUCAAAGAUAUAAAUCAGCUAUGUGA